AACUCAUCUCUUCUUCAUGUCCUGAUCCUCUUUCCAUAAGUAGACACGCCAAUCUCUGCUCCUCCCCCUCUAAAUUCUCCGACCCAAAAUUGCAGAUUUUUCAUAUAGAUCCUUAGUUCGGACGAAGGAAGAAGGAUGGGGAGUCUCCGGCUCGCCGCCGCCGCCGUCGCCGCGGUCUUAUCCUGGGUGCUGAUGCCGCCGGCGUCGGGGAGGUUCGUGGUGGAGAAGGAGAGCAUCAGCGUGGUCUCUCCCGAGUCGAUCAAGGGGCGUCACGACGCCUCCAUCGCUAACUUCGGCGUGCCCAACUACGGCGGCACCUUGACCGGCGUCGUCAUCUACCCCUCCCGGGGUCGGACCGGCUGCAACGCCUUCGAAGACGGCCCGUUCCAGUCCAAGUCCAAGCGCCCCGUCGUUCUCCUCGUCGAUCGCGGAGAUUGCUACUUCGCUCUGAAGGCAUACAACGGGCAGCAGGCCGGCGCUGCAGCGGUCCUCGUCGCCGACACCAUAGACGAGCCCCUCCUGACCAUGGACGCCCCCGAAGAAAGCGACAACGAAUUCGUCGAAAAGAUCACCCUCCCCUCCGCCCUCAUCACCCGAUCUUUGGGCGCGGCGCUCAAGGGCGCCAUCGCGAAGGGCGACGAGGAGGUGGUGGUCAAGCUGGACUGGCGGGAGUCGAUGCCGCACCCCGACGAGCGGGUCGAGUACGAGUUCUGGACCAACAGCAACGACGAGUGCGGCGACCGAUGCGACGAGCAGGUGAAGUUCGUCGGCGACUUCAGGGGCAACGCUCAGAUCCUCGAGAAGGGCGGCUUCGCCCUCUUCACCCCGCACUACAUCACCUGGUACUGCCCGGAGGCCUUCCGGGCAAGCAAGGAGUGCAAGGCGCAGUGCAUCAACAACGGCCGCUACUGCGCCCCCGACCCCGAGACGGACUUCGAAGAGGGAUACGACGGCAAGGACAUCGUCGUCGAGAACCUCCGGCAGCUCUGCGUCCACCGAGUCGCCAACGAGAGCGGGAGGCCGUGGGCCUGGUGGGACUUCGUGACCGACUACCAGGCGAGGUGCUCCAUGAAGGAGAAGAAGUACAGCAAGUCAUGCGCAGAGGCUGUCGUCUCUUCCCUGGGAUUGUCUUUGGACAAGGUCACAAAGUGUAUGGGAGACCCCGAAGCCGACGCUGAUAACGAAGUCCUGAACAUCGAGCAAGAACUUCAGGUCGGCCACGGCAGUCGCGGAGAUGUUACUAUCCUGCCCACCUUGAUGAUAAACAACGUUCAGUAUCGAGGGAAAUUAGAGAGGACUGCUGUGCUGAAGGCAAUCUGUGCAGGAUUCAAAGAGUCUACUGAGCCUGUUGUUUGCUUAAACCCAGAUAUUGAGACGAAUGAGUGUCUCACUUCGAAUGGAGGUUGCUGGAAGAACACACAGCUGAAUAUCACUGCUUGCAAAGAUACUUUUAGGGGAAGAAUCUGCGAGUGCCCUGUAGUAAACAACGUCCAAUUCAGUGGAGAUGGCUAUAAUUCUUGCAUAGCUGUGGGUCCUGGAAGAUGUGCAAUUGAUAAUGGAGGUUGCUGGAAUGCUACCAGGGAUAACCAGACAUUCUCAGCUUGUUCAGAUUCACUGCUGAAGGGUUGUCGCUGCCCAUAUGGAUUCUCUGGUGAUGGCUAUGAAUGCCAAGAUAUUGACGAGUGCAAGGAGAAGCUUGCUUGCAGUUGUCCUGAAUGCUCCUGCAAGAACACAUGGGGAGGGUAUGACUGCAAGUGCAGAGGUGACCUUGUGUACAUAAAGUCUGAGGACGCGUGCAUCGCUAAGAAUGCCUCAAAGUUCUCUUUGUUUAUAACACUCUUUGUGCUAGCAAUUGUGGUCAGUGCUGCAAUAGCAGCUUAUGUAUUCUACAAAUACAGACUCAGGUCUUACAUGGAUUCUGAGAUCAUGGCCAUCAUGUCGCAGUACAUGCCUCUUGACAACCACCAAAAUGGGGAACAACCCUUGAGAGAAGACACAACAAUAUAAUGAGGGUUUAGUUUGCAUGGUUGUGCCUUAAUUCUGCAUCAUCAGUCAUUCUUGUUUGAUUCACAGAAGUAGAUAUCAAUGUAGAUUCACAGGUUGAGCUGAAAUAUAUCAGACGAUAGAUCCUGGCCAAAAGUUUUCAUGUUUCAUGUUUAGAAAUUAAUUUUGAUCGUGCAGUCAACUUUCAAAGCUGAUGCACGGUUGAGGAUAAAAAGGUUUGUAAAAGAAACUUGCAUUGGCUUUGUAGUGGGGGAGUUGCAUAUAGUUUUACAGGUUUGGAUU